AACAGCGCAGAGGCGUUUGGGGCGGACAGGCGGAGUGGGGUCUGCUCCCUACUCGGAUACGUAGGACUUUAAGAAAUCCCGCCUCACCACCUCGAAUUGGUUGGUUGCAAAAUAAAUAGCGCUAGUGUGGGGAAGUCAGUGCUGCUCCGGGGAGGAUCCCUAGAGACGAGAAAAGCUGCCGCGUUGCUGUGUCUCACCGUGAAAAGAGUAAACGGACUCUGCAGACUGCUCCGAAGGGGGCAGAGGGCAGGCCCUGCGAUGAUGGGUGUCGACUCAGCGAAGACCGCGAGGCUUCCCCGCAGAGGCUUCCCUGCGGCAGGUGGCAGGUUACGUCUCACUUCGGUCUCUGGGCCAGUGCUGGGGUGAACCCCGCGCUAUGCAAGUCUUCCUUCCUUCCUUCCCCCUCUGCCCCUUCUUUCCUCUUUCCUUCCUCCCUUACUUGUUUUUAGUGAAACUAUAUAAGAUGUACAUCUUUAUUGAAUAGAAUUAAGCAGCAACAAUAUGGUAGGAAUUAUUGUUAAAAGCCUAUUAUGACAUAUGGACUGUAAAUUGAACUUUUUUUUCCCUGCUGUUCUCUAAUUUUACAGCAAUGGGGGUUACGAUUAGGGAUGUGGCAUUGGAAAGACGAAACCAGAACUCUUGAAUUCAGAAGUUUUGCACCUGCAGUAGAACUCAAGGAGAAAGGGAAAAAAGGCAGAGCUGUUCACUUUGCCGAAGCUGAUGUUUCAACCUCAGAAAGGUUGACUGAUAAAAGGUUUGCUGCAAGAGAAGAUAAGUCACCUAAAGCCUUAGAGAAACGAGGCCAGCAGGGCAGCGUUACACUGGAUGAUGCUAAGUUUGUUGCUUUGCUUUUGCUACAAGACACCGAGAUGCAGCGGAUCUGUUCUUUUACAACAUUUAUGAGGAAUAAGAAUCUUGACCGUUUCCUCAUGGCAUUAUUGUACUAUUUAUCUCAUUACUUGGAAAAAAACUCACUGGAAAAGAAACCCAAAAGCUAUAUGGUGGGCCUCGUAGAGAAAAAAGAGAUGGAAUUGGUUUUAAGCAAGUUAGAGGCAGCACAGAAGUACUUGGCGCAGAAGUACUGUAUCCUCGUGCUGGGCCUGGGCAUGCCGGACAAACAUCACAUGUGCUGUGGGAAGGAGAAAAUAUCAGAUACACAAAAGGACUGGAAAUUCUUUGAGUCCUUUUACACUUUCUGUACAUACGUAGCUUGGAUUGUCUUUCGACGUCAGCACUGGACAGAGAUUGAGGAAGAAAUUGGGAGGCUCUUUCGUACCAAUAUGUUCAACAUUCCUCGGAGGAAGCGUGAAGAUGAAGAAUCAGGAGGGGAAAAGAAACGCAUGACUUUUGUGCAGUUCAGGAGAAUGAUGGCCAAACGCCCAGCGAUUAAAAAGGCCAUUAACAUGCGUUCUCCAGUCCUGUCUACUCUGCUGCCAUCUCUCAGAGAAAAAGCUCAGAAUGUCUUUGAGAAGAAGUAUCAAGUGGGCAGCAAACUCCCGACUCAGAUGCUAAAGCACAUGGAAAAUCUGGAGUCUGUGCCCAUGCCAGUAGUUGGCAUCUUGGGAGAGCCUCGAUCUCUGUUCAAUCCCCAUACUCUACUCCCCUUUGAACCAGAAGAAAACACAAAAUCAUCUGGGAGACAUCCUUCACUGAUAGAAAAAAAUAACAUGCGGAUUCAGGAUACACUGGACUUGGUCAUGAGAACACUGUCUUCUCAAACAGCAUAUCCCAAAUAGCCGGGCACAUUCCAUCUCUGUAGUUAAGUCCCUGUACUUGAAGUAAACUGCUUUGACUUAAUCUCUCUAUACAGGACUAAUAUUUGUUAUUAUUUUGUUAUUAUGAUUAGUUUUUCAAAAAUUGUUCAAGUUAUUUUGAUUAAAGUUCAACUAUCGACUAUUAAAGAAUUCCGAAAACUC